AUGCAAUCAAACUCAUCAUGUCAAACUUGCAAGACGCGGCGCAUCAAGUGUGACGGAGCAAAGCCCAUUUGUCAGAAAUGCAUCAAAUCUCACCGAACUUGUGUCGAGGCCGAUGCUGUCAAGCAGCAGUUCUUUGCCAUUCACAUUGAGAACCAGUAUGCCGCCGGAGAAAAGAGGCGUCCUAGAGGACCACGAUCUAGUCUUGUUCCCAUACAUGCCAAUGUCGACCUAAAAACACGUGCCCAUGCGUACUAUAUCCAGAAUCACUUUCAGGUAUUCCAGGACAUGCCCGACGUGGUCACGACAUGGGCCGAAUGUCUCCACGAAUGGAAGGCAGAGGGGAAGACCUCACCCAUUGUUGACUUGGCCUUUUCUGCUGUGGCCCUUUCGGUGUUUGCCCGUUUCCAAAACUGUCGACCUGCUGCCGCUGAGGCGUCAAAAUCAUACCUGAGUCUGCUUCGACACAUGCAGAACCGUAUCCCACGCCUCAGCAGUGGAAAUCCGAGCUCGGACGAGAUCGACGAGUACCUACUGGGGGCCCAAUUCAUGGCCCGAUACGAGGCAUUUGUGCAAAACCACGGCGAUGAGGCCGACUUGGAGCCUCUCAAGGAGGUCAAGGUAUGGUUCCAUAUCGACGGCGCAGCAGCAAUUCUGAAAAUCUGGUUCGACAACCGACACCGUUACACCCCGACAGCAAUCAUAAGGCAAACUAGGAGGAAGCUGUUCAAAUCUUGUUUGUUACGCGAGCAACCGCUUCCCCGCUGGUUAGCGGAUGGCGGUGUGUUUGGCGAGAGGGACCUGGCAUUGGAGUUUGAUCAUUUGACGAUUCAGUUCAUUGAUCUGCACCACAAGUACCUGGAACUGAAACAAUCAUCACAGAACGGAAUAUUGGUUGCUCACCAAGUCGAAAGUUUGGUUGACGAUUUCCGCAGACUUGAUCAGGAAAUGCAAGGUUGGUCUACUCGGCUUCCAAGCAAGUGGUUGUACACCAAACACCCUCCGCCAGAGCCUUGCGAUUAUUCACAAGACGAUUUUCACUCCAGCACUGUCUCGACUUGUGCGAAACUUGGAUACACUGCAGUGUGGAACGAAUACUACGCCAUCCGGAUGCUGGUUUCUCACACCCGACUCCAGAUACUUCAUCUCGCGCCACAACCCAGUUCUGCAGCAACACUCGAAUGCUUGUCUCAGCUUGGCUCGUCUGCCGACUCCCUCGCGUCUUUUGUGCCUUUCUGUCUGGGUCGCAUCCGCAAGUCACCAAAAGGAAGCGUGGAGCCUUCGAAUGAUAACUUCCAACCCUACUUGGCCAGUCUCGUUGUCUGGCCCUUGUUACUCGCCUCAGGUUUGCACACGUUGGAACCAGCACAGCGGCAGUGGUUUUCCUCGGCUUUAGCCCGGGUUAGCAAGGAGUCCAGCGAGUGCUUGUACGCCUAUGCGGCGAGCGACUACUGGGCUGUCCCUUGA